AUGAAUUCGUAUGAUAAUCCGUUGCGAAAAUUAAUUGAAAUCAAUAACAAUUACAAAGAUGAAAGUCAAAUUAUUCACGAUUUAAUUGAACUAACAUUAGCAAAAAUUACUAUUACCGAAAAAGAUAUUUUUGAAGAUACAUUCACACGACCUAUGAAAUCAACAUUCAUUUAUUCGAUUUUAUUCAAAGAUUGUUUUCGAAAAUUAUCCAUUUAUGAGAAAGUUAUUCAAGAAAUGGACAUUAUGUGGACAUCUUGGAAAGAAAUUGGAUUAUAUGCGCAUCAUAUUAUGGCUUGGAAAAAGCAAAAUACUGAACAACGAGAAAUAGCCAAUCAUAUGUGGAACUUGAUACAAGUAUCAAAACAAAAACCACACUCGUUUGAACUAAUGCUUGAAGAAGUCAAUGAAGAAUUCAAAACUAAGAAUAGUAUUUGUAACAUAAUUCUAUCAUGCAUCGAAGAAUAUUGUCAAAAUGCAAAUGAUAAAGACAAUCUUGUAAAUCAGAUUCAAAACAUACAAAAAAAGUUGAUGACAGAUACUGUUUGUUCUGUUGAAAUUCCUUCUGAGUUCAUAGUACUUGCUAAAUGUGCUAAAGAAAUUAUUCCAUACUCAAAAUGCCAAAUUUGGCAAAAUUUUCUUACAACCUAUCGAAAUCAACCAAUACUGUACUCACAAGCAAGUGCUAAUCCAAUCUUAUCUGUAGACAAGUCAGAUAAAGCUAUUGCAAGUAGUACAGAAAUAAAUGUAAAAAGUAUUGAAUCUGAAAAACAAGAUAAUGAAAUACACUUGUCUUAUCCAAAAUCUUGUUAUUCAAUCUUACAAGCAGAUACAAAACUAUUUCAUAUAUUUAUCAAUCGAUUGAUACAUAGUUGUUCGAAAUGGGAAAUUCUACCGAUUUCACAAUCAAUUAAACUGUUUCCUAAUAUGCACAAUGAUUUGGAUUACCUAAAACAUAACUUUAAUGUUGAUAUUAUUAAAUUUUUCACAACAUUAUUUGACUAUAAUAAGAACUUGAAUUAUAUCAAUCAUAUUUGUCAAGGAUGCAUAAAUUUAUUUGAUCUAUUUCAAAUUCAACUUGACAAUAGUAAAACUAUGCUUACUGAUGUACUACAAAUGAAUGAAAAUACCAAUGGGAAAACUUUCUUAACCAUAUAUCAAACUUUUCAUCAACGUAUUUAUGUUCGUUAUUCAAGAAGAAUAAACGAAAUAUUUUCUUAUUAUGGUUCAGCCUUAGAACUAGUAAAAUUUCUUUAUUCUCUUUCUGCAUCCGAUGUCGAUAAUCUACGUGAAACAGUCAACGGUUGGGAUGAAACAUUAAUCAAUACAAAAACAAUUCUCGAUUUAGUCACAUUGAAAACAUUUCUAGAUCAACUUAGUGGUAGAAUUAAAAUGAUUCAAGAACAAUCAUCAUCAAUUCUUACAUUGGAUAGGGUUACAGCUUGUAUUGAACGUUUAUUGGAAGAUGAUCAAUGGAAAACAAUAUUUGAAUGCUUCGAGUCUUGUCAUUUAUUAUUGCCUAGUAUCCAACAUAUUUACAUGAAUUUGACAGAUCGAAGACUUUCAAAACGACGACAAAUUUUAAACAUUAUGAAAAAUGUAUCAUUCAGUUUUAAAAGUCACGAUCAACAAGAACUUAAACAACUUUAUGGAUUAAAUUAUAAUUAUGACAUUACAAUAAAUUUCAAUGAACUUAGUGAUCUUCGUGAUCGUGCACGACUUAUCGAAUAUUCACAUAGAAUUAAAAUACAAAAUGAUACAGAACAAGAUACUGAAAUGCUUCAUUCAUUCGUUAGUUUUGUUGAUACUAUUGAAAAUAUAAUCAAAAACUUGACACAACUUAAAAUGAUUGGUUAUCCUUGUGUUCAAUCUCUUCUAGAACCAAGCAAAACUUUUACAUGUAUCGAAGGCAAAUAUAAUGAAUUGAUUGAAUUUGAACAGACAAUUGAAAAAUUACGAGUUGAAUGGGAAUAUAAUUUAUGUGAAUUAUACAAACAACAUAUAUCAUUAACCUAUUUCUUUUAUGAACAAUUUUGGAUAAUCGAGCAGUAUUUAUACAAUCGAACAACAGUCAUCAAUAAUGCUUAUCAUUUACUUAAGUAUAUUGGUAUACAACCUGAACUAAUUCAAUAUGAUUUUCUACUUGAUAUGAAUCAAGAUCCAGUAAAUCGUCUUAAGAAAGUUGGUCAAGUAUUGUCAACUCAAAAAACUAAAAUCAUAGAAACAAAUGAACAAAAAUAUCUGACUAAUAAUAGAGUACUAUUAGUUCAAACAUCUGAUGAAGGUAUUAUGCGUGCUAUACUUUCUCUCUUUACAUUUGUUCAAGUACCAGCUAAAGUUAAUCAAUUAUUUUAUUGUACAAAUAGAACAACUUGGAUGGAAGUAUGUGCAUUUGUUUAUCGUUGUUUCUAUUCAGAAAAAUUUCAUCAACUCAUUCGACCAGAACUAUUAACAUUAUCGAUUCAGGAUAAGUUUAUUGAACUUUUAACUCAAAUGAUUAGUUGGCAACAACCAGAACAUCAUUUUCAAUUUGGAAUUAUAACUACAUCAUCAAAUAUAAAUCAACUAUUAAUUAAUAAUUUGAAAGCUCUGGAACUUGUUCAAGAGAUCUUUGACUAUCAAAUGUUAAAUGUAAUUAAACUCAAAGAAGAAAUUGAGAAAUUAAAUGGUAAAACUUGUUUUCUCGUUACAUCAAAUAUUGCUGGUCUUGGCAAGUCGACUACUAUCCGAAAUAUAAUUCAUAAUUCUGGUAAAGAAUACAUCAAAUUUCCGAUUAGUGGUAAUAUCGAUAUGAAAAGUUUGGUGACACGUUUUUGUAAUUGUGCAAAUAAUUCAUCAUCAUCAUCAUCAUCAUCAAAAAUAGCUAUUCAUAUUGAUAUUGGCAUUAUUAAUGAUAUUAACCAAUUAAAUGAAUUCUUAUAUUCUGUUAUAUUAUUUCGUAGUUUUCGUUACGAAUCAGUGGCUAUCAAUGUUUGUGCUGAUGUACCAAUAUAUAUCGAACUUGAUUCAUCUCCACAAAUGAUUAAUCUAUAUGAGAAAAUAAUUAUUUUGCAAAAUCUUGAAAAACAUCAGAUUCCUCUUAUUGAAUGGAAUCAAAUGAAUAUUCAUUAUUUAGCAGGUAUUAAAUUAGUUAUUAAUUAUCUUCAAGCAAUUGAUAAACAGAUAAUUAAUCAAACAGAUAUUAAUGAAGAAAAUUUAGAAGAAAUUGACAAAAUGACUUGUGCAAAACUUUUACGAAAACAAUUUAUAGGCAAAAAAGAUGAUAAACAAAUUAGUUGGACACGAUUAAAAAU